AGGCCUGAGACUCAGCAUUUCUAGCAAGCUCCCAGGUGAUGCUUUAGAAACUAAUUUUGCUGCUGUAUCUACCUCAAGUACCGUUGCAUUCCCUUCUGCAGCAAACUUGCUACCUUUUUGGUUUUGACUGUAUACAUUUGGGCUAAGUUGUAACCUUUCCUAUGAAACUUACUUGCUCAUCUUGCUUAUCUUGCCCUUUUUAUUCUUAUUUUCUUUUAACAUACGUAGAUGAGCACCAGUUGCAUCUUGAAGUCCCAUCAGAUGUAACAGAAGUUCCAGAGCCCAAGACAGCAAACAGUUUCCCCAGGACAGCCAGACAUCCUCGCUCCCAAGAACUGAGGACCAUGGAGCUCUCAGACAGUGACCGUCCAGUCAGCUUCGGCUCCACGUCUUCCUCAGCCUCUUCCCGGGACAGCCAUGGUUCCUUCGGCAGCAGGAUGACCUUGGUUUCAAAUAGCCACCUGGGCUUGUUUAACCACGACAAGGAGGCCGGGGCCAUCAGACUGGAGCUGGUUCCAGCCAGGCCGUUCUCCAGCAGUGAGCUGCAGAGGGCUGACUCAGCCGAGCAGCAGGGCACGGAGGGGAGCGGAGAGAGGCAGCUGUGGGCACAGCGGAGAGUGGAAGCCAAUGGAGCCACCAAAGCCAGUGCAGAAUCCACCUCGAGCCCCAAGCUUCUCUAUGUGGAUCGAGUGGUGCAGGAAAUUCUGGAGACGGAAAGGACGUAUGUGCAGGAUUUAAAAAGCAUUGUAGAGGAUUACCUUGACUGUAUCAGGGACCAAACUAAACUGCCUCUGGGCACCGAAGAAAGAUCAGCCCUUUUUGGAAACAUCCAGGAUAUCUACCACUUCAACAGUGAACUUCUGCAAGAUCUGGAAAACUGUGAAAAUGAUCCUGUGGCCAUAGCCGAAUGUUUUGUGUCCAAGAGUGAAGAGUUCCACAUCUAUACCCAGUAUUGCACCAACUAUCCAAGAUCAGUGGCAGUGCUAACGGAGUGUAUGAGGAACAAGAUGCUGGCCAAAUUCUUCAGGGAGCGUCAGGAGACUUUAAAGCACUCCCUGCCACUGGGCUCCUUCCUCUUGAAACCAGUCCAGCGGAUACUCAAGUAUCACCUCCUCCUGCAUGAAAUAGAAAAUCACCUUGAUAAGGACACAGAAGGCUACGACGUGGUGCUGGAUGCCAUCGACACCAUGCAGCGGGUGGCCUGGCACAUCAAUGACAUGAAGCGGAAGCAUGAGCAUGCAGUCCGCUUACAGGAGAUACAGAGUUUGCUUACUAACUGGAAGGGGCCAGACCUGACCAGCUACGGGGAGCUGGUGCUCGAGGGAACCUUCCGCAUCCAGAGGGCCAAGAAUGAGCGGACACUCUUCCUCUUUGACAAGCUGCUGCUCAUCACAAAGAAGAGAGACGACACGUUUACGUACAAAGCCCACAUCCUGUGCAGCAACCUGAUGCUGGUGGAAGUGAUCCCCAAGGAGCCACUCAGCUUCAGCGUCUUCCAUUAUAAGAACCCCAAGCUGCAGCAUACCGUUCAGGCUAAAUCCCAGCAAGACAAGCGCCUUUGGGUGUUGCAUUUGAAGAGACUGAUCCUGGAGAACCAUGUGGCGAAGAUUCCAGCGAAGGCCAAGCAAGCAUUACUUGAAAUGGAUGCUGUUCAUCACCCAGGCUUCUGUUACAGUCCCGAGGGAGAGUCGAAAGCUGUCUAUGGUUCAAAAGAAGGUUCCACUCCAUAUCGGCUGAGAAGAAAAUCUGAACCUUCUUCGAGAUCACAUAAAGUUUUGAAGACCAGUGAAACAACACAGGACAUCCAAGAAAAGGCUUCCAGAGAGAAAGGGUCGCCCCAGCUGACUUCAGCAGGGCUGCCUCUCGCCCAGAGAAACAGUCAGCCAAGCAGCUCUGCCAUCCUCAGCGUGCUGGGCAGAGCUGGUGCUGUGAGAAACAUCUGGACUGACCACCAGAUCAGGCAAGCCUUGUUCCCCAGUCAGCGGUCGCCACAGGAGAAUGAGGACGAUGAGGAUGAUUAUCAGAUGUUCGUACCAUCCUUCUCCUCUUCAGACUUGAACUCCACCAGACUGAGUGAAGACGGCACUUCGAGUCGCCCUUGCAGCUGGCACAUGGGACAGAUUCAGUCCACAGAGGCCUCCAGUUCUGGCCACAGGGUUGUUAGGAGGGCCAGCAGUGCUGGUGAGAGCAACACAUGUCCUCCUGAAAUAAGAAUCAGAGACAGUGAUAGCUCUCCAUACAGCCCCCAAAGGGAACUGCAGAACGGCCCUACCACCGAAGGACAGGAUGGCAUGACUUCCUUUGGGUCCUCUACAGAGUUGACUAUUGAUGAUAUAGACCAUGUCUAUGAUAACAUAAGUUACGAAGACUUAAAACUAAUGGUUGCAAAACGAGAAGAAGCCGAAUCCACUCCCCAAAAAUCAUCCAAGGACUCUGUUCGCCCCAAAAGCACCCCAGAGUUAGCCUUCUCAAAGAGGCAGACUGGCCGGGAUAAGAGCACUGUCCACACAAGAAGAGAUGGAACUCUAACAGGUAGAAAGUCAUCUAACCAAAACACGUGUGACCUCAAGGUCGUUGAGGAAAACAUCUAUGACACCAUAAGGCUCCCUGAACCACCAUCACUGAAUUUCAAAUGCAGCAGCCUAAAACGGCCAAAGAGGAGCACCUUUUUAGGUCUGGAGGCUGACUUUGCGUGCUGUGACAGCCUGAGACCAUUCAUUUCCCAGGACAGUCUCCAGUUCAGUGAGGACGAAGCACCCUAUCACCAGGGUCCUUCUGAUAAUGGUUAUCUGAGUUCACUGUAUAACUCUCCCAGCUGUAACUUGUCCAUAACUGAUAAGUCCAUAUCUGAUAAACUGUCAGAAGAAGUAGAUGAAAUCUGGAAUGAUCUUGAAAAUUACAUCAAGAAAAAUGAAGACAAAACUAGAGACCGUCUCCUCGCUGCGUUUCCUGUUAGCAAGGACGAUGUGCCGGACAGGCAGCAUGCGGGGAGCACACCUGAGCUGAGCAAGGACACUGCCCAUUCCACGUCCACGCUGUCACUUCCAGAGAGCCACACUUUCCUCACCCCUGUGAAAAACAGGGCUGGCAGAGCUAGCCGGGCCCACUACCCAUUGGACGAAGACCUGAUUUCUAAAGAAGGCUCCUUUGUGAGUCUUAAUCGGCUCUCUCUGGCCAGUGAGAUACCUCCUAUGGAAAAUCCCUAUGACUUGGCCAUCGGCAGUCUGUCCCAAACAGACCAAGAAAUCCCUGAGCCUGGGGCAGAGGCCUCAGAUAAAACAAAAAGCAGAGUUUUUUUGAUGGCUAGGCAAUAUAGCCAGAAGAUCAAGAAGGCAAAUCAACUUCUGAGAGUGAAGAGUCCAGAGUUGGAGCAGCCACCAACCAGUCAGCAGCAUAACUUAGUACACAAAGAUCUGGCUGCCAUUUUAGAAGAGAAGAAGCAAGGAGGGACUGCCAUUGGUGCCAGGAUUGCUGAGUAUUCCCAACUGUAUGACCAGAUUGUAUUCAGAGAGUCUCCCCUUAAAAUUCAGAAGGAUGACUGGGCCAGCCAGCAGGAAUCCUCUAGCCUUAAGUCUACACCACCUUCCCAGGCUCAACAUGGUUGUGAAGACUGGCUUUUGCAUUCAACCUACAGUAAUGGAGAAUUAGCAGAUUUCUGUUCCCAGCCAGAGCAAGACUUGAAGUCAAUAUAUUCCACUCUAGAGUUCAGUACAAAAAGUACUCCCAGACAAUUGUCCACAGCUUACUCCGUGCCUUCUCUUCAAACCGCUGACCCUCUGCCAGGCCCCGUGCAGAGACGCAGCGUGGUAGUAAGUCAGCCCAGCAAAGAUAACUCAUGUCAGGACCAUCUUUACAACUCUUUGGGCCGGAAAGGAAUCAGUGCUAAAUCUCAGCCUUAUAACAGGUCUCAGUCAACUUCCUCAGUCUUGAUAAACAAAUCAGUGGACUCCAUCAGCUACCCUAACGAGACCAGAAAGAAGCAGCUGCUGUCUACUUUACACAGAAGCUCAAGGUGUGACAGUCACCAGGAUUUGCUGCCAGGUGUUGCCGACUCAUGUCAGCAGGGCACUGGAAAACGCUCGGAGCUCACACUGCAAGACUCACAGAAAGUUCUAGUAGUCAAUAGAAAAUUACCCUUAAGUGCCCACAUAGCUACCCAGAAUUAUUUUUCCAAUUUCAAAGAGACCGAAGGAGAUGAAGAUGACUAUGUGGAGAUAAAGUCAGAAGAAGAUGAGGUAGAGUUAACUCAUAAUCAUAGAAGAAAAUCUGACCCAAAGGAGACGGAGGCUGACUCCUUUGAUAAUGUCUGCAGCAACAGCACAUCUUACUCUUUAAAUAGUCCUUGCACCCCAAAGAAGCCGAUAAAUAGCAAACUUGGUCUUUCACCCUAUCUGACAUCAGACGGUUCUGACAAACUGGAUGACUAUCUUUGGAGCGGGCCAUCUCCCAAUCAACAAAAUAUCGUCCAGUCUCUACGGGAAAAAUUCCAGUGUCUUAGUUCGAACAGCUUUGCCUAAAGUUCUUAAUAGUAGCUGCCUGGAUUGACUUCUUAUUAUGCUCAUAAAUUACAGAUACUGAUGAGGUGUUUUAUAUGUACCAGAUGAAAGCAAUUUUGUAAUAACCGUAAGGGUGUAAUAUACUUCCCUUUACAGCACAACUUUUUGUAACGGCUAAUGACUAGCCAGGAUUGUACUGUAGCAGAUAUCAGCAUCCAACAUGUAUUCUGGUGCUGAUUAUCUUUAUGUUUCAUGUAAGUCAGUCUUACUUGAAAAUUUUUAGGCAUUUUUUUAACAUGAUGGCCAUGAUAUUUUUCCCCAUAUCCUGACAAUAAUGCCCAGACUUUAAGAAAUGCAAUAAUCCUCUAGUAUUCACUGGAAGCUGUGAGUAGUUUUAUCCUAGGACUCAAAGGCAGCAAGGAGGCUUUUUCAAAAGGAAAGAAAACUAAAGCUACAUGAAGGGAUUAUGCUUAAAUCUGGCAUUUUUGUUACAUUCAUGGCAAGACCCUAGAGUAACAUAAGCCAGAGAUCUCUAGUUAGAGUGUAGUCUGUGCUGCCCACUUUAGAGUCUCUAUCUUGGUAUUCCUACAUCAAUUCUUAACAAUGCAGAAAUUGUGUGACUGUUGAAGAUUGAAAUGUGGCAGGACCAAUUUGCUCUAAGCAAAAAUCCUUAGCUGUAUUCCUGGACAAGACCUGGAUAAUGUGCUGCUCGUAUUGUUUAUUUUAUGAUUUCUUGGGUGAAAUGUUUCCCUUCAUGGCUUAAAGAAAUCUAUGUUCAAUAAAAUGCAAAUUGACUUAAUUUUGAGAAAAGAUGAGAUGAUAUCUGGGAUCAACUAAAUUUUCUCAUAUCACAGUUAAGCAAGAUAAAAAAAACACAAACUCUCCAUACCAACAAAUAACCAACACAAAGUAAACCAUAAGCUAAAAUAAGACAAAGCACUUUAAAGUUACCCUUGCCUGAGCAGUUUUUCCUAAGUACAUUCAUGAAUUUUGAAUUCAGCCAAGUGACCUCAUUUUGGUUCUGAGGAGUCAUUGACUGAAGGAAUGUGGCAAGAAUUUGUUUCCUAUACCAGACAUAACAUGGGGGCCUUUUUCCAAUGUUUUGAGACAUAUAAAGGGACAGAGUCUUGGUUACUAAGUUCUAACAAUGACAUCUUUUAUGUUGUAACUAUGGUCUUUAAAUGGCAAUUGAUUAUGAUCGUAUAUACUGAUCUAACUCCUCAUGGAGAAACAGAAAAAACGAAGGCAAGACUUUAAGGAAAAAGCAAAAUCAAAGACAUUAAAGAAAAAAAUGGAGGCAGAUUUCUUGCUACUUUAUAGAUUCCAUUUUAUUGAAGAUUCCAGUUAAUGCAACAAGAAUGCUUUCUCAAACAGUAGAGUUUAUAUUCUCAUUUUAAGCAAUUUUACUUUCUGUGUCUUCACACCCUCUGCAUUUCCAUUUUAAAAGAUAUGAUACUAUGUGUGCAGAAAGGGGAGCUAGGCUUUUCAUUUAAAGGUAAACAAUAAUUUGAAUUAGUGACCUCUUAAACCAUAAUUUUUUUCCUCUUUUUAAAUCCUAUGCCUCUUUUUCUUAAAAUGUGACCAUCCUUAUUUUACUGAUAGGUACCCAAGGCAUUCAUUUUUGUUUUUAAAUAACAAAAAACACUCAACCCAAAUUUCUUCUCCAAACUAUUCUUUUUUUCUUGUAGUUUAAAAAACAAAGUCAGUAUUGAAUAGCAUGUUUCUGGAAACAUUCCUUCUUUCAUUGCCUUCGUUUAAACAUCAUACAGGCUUUCAAGAUUAAGCAAUAUCAGGGAAAAAAAGCACCAAGAAAGUAUGUUCUUAGACUUGCUAGAAGUAUUUGUAAAUGCUUUUACAUUACCUAUAAAAAAACAAAUUUACCUAAGUCUUCUUGUCCCAGGAAUGCAGUUUCCCAUUUGGGCUUUCUACUUUGUAUGACCCAAAUUCUACAUUAUUCAUACUGUCGUUAUGUCUUAAUCUCAGAAAUCAUUAAUUCUUCACAACAGUGUCUUGUCUUGCUGCAUGGCUUUGGGGUCAACUAUGGGAAUAUGCUCUGCUGCUCAAAGGUGGAUGUCUUACUGUAUCCAGUUUCUCCGUGGUUGGCUUUAGUUUCUGGGACAAACCUGUAGUGUUAAAAAUCACCAGUAACUUCCGUCAGCCAGGAUGCAGAUUUUCAGAGCUAUGUGUAUAUACAUAAUCAUGUUCGUACUUUUUCCUCAAAGUUAUUGGUUAAAUGCAUUUGUUUAAAAUAGUUUCUUUUGGAGGUGGGGUGGGGUGUAUAUAAUUGGGGAAAAAACUUGUAUGUACUUAAACAUAUGUCAAGUUCUUAUUAGGUCCCUGUGCUGAUGGUUCAAUUUGUUUUAUAAGUUCACUUUACACCCACUCUGUGAAAAAUACAUCUAGGAAAACAUAGUUUAAAUACUGUAUAUAAGAUAACGUUAGUAAUGCCCAUUAUUUAAUAAAGUUUGUAAAAUACAAAGUAAA